GCGGUGCAGGGAGGAAAUGAGUCACGGAGGUGUAUAGAGGGCAGGGAGAUUGCCUAGUCACGGCAUACUGGAGAGCCCGGGAGUUAAAGCGGGGCGGUAGAGACGGCGGCAGGAGCAGAGCAGGCCGAGGCUUGAAUAGGCCGCGGAGGGCGGGGAGGCCCUGACCGAGAGCGGCGCUGCGGCGCGGAAGGCGGGACUAAAGAGAGCGAAGCGGCGAUUGGCGGGCAGCCCUGGGCUGCCGUACGUCGGCGGUGACGCACGCCUCGGGGAGGGUGCGCGCGCGUUCAGCGGCCUCUUUGUGUGGUGCCCAGAUAGGGGAGCGGAGGUGGCGGCGGCUGUGGCGGCGGCCUUGGUUGUCUUCCAAUCUCCUCGGCUCGCCCUCUAGCCGGCACCUCUCCCCUUCCCUCCCCCUUCCUUUUUUCCUCCUUUCCUCCCUUCCCCUUUUCCCUUCCCCGUCGGUGAGCGGCAGUAGCGGCUCCAGCAACGGCUGGGCCCAAGCUGUGAAGAGGCCUUAGCCAACGAUAACGGCGACGGCGAAACCUCGGAGCACACAAGGCGGAGGGAAGGCCCGGGCCGUAGAGAUGGAGAAUUCCCAGUUGUGUAAGCUGUUCAUCGGCGGCCUCAAUGUGCAGACGAGUGAGUCGGGCCUGCGCGGCCACUUUGAGGCCUUUGGGACUCUGACGGACUGCGUGGUGGUGGUGAACCCCCAGACCAAGCGCUCCCGUUGCUUUGGCUUCGUGACCUACUCCAAUGUGGAGGAGGCCGAUGCCGCCAUGGCCGCCUCGCCCCACGCCGUGGACGGCAACACGGUGGAGCUGAAACGGGCGGUGUCCCGGGAGGAUUCGGCGCGGCCCGGUGCCCACGCCAAGGUUAAGAAGCUCUUUGUCGGGGGUCUUAAGGGAGACGUGGCCGAGGGCGACCUGAUCGAGCACUUCUCGCAGUUUGGCACCGUGGAAAAGGCCGAGAUUAUUGCCGACAAGCAGUCCGGCAAGAAGCGUGGCUUCGGCUUCGUGUAUUUUCAGAAUCACGACGCGGCAGACAAGGCCGCGGUGGUCAAGUUCCAUCCGAUCCAGGGCCAUCGCGUGGAGGUGAAGAAGGCGGUUCCUAAAGAGGAUAUCCACGCCGGUGGGGGUGGAGGAGGUUCCCGGUCCUCCCGGGGCGGCCGAGGCGGUCGGGGUCGCGGCGGCGGUCGUGACCAGAACGGCCUGUCUAAAGGCGGCGGCGGCUACAACAGCUACGGUGGUUACGGCGGUGGCGGCGGCGGCGGCGGCUACAAUGCCUACGGAGGCGGCGGAGGCGGCUCGUCCUACGGUGGGAGCGACUACGGUAACGGCUUCGGCGGUUUCGGCAGCUAUAGCCAGCACCAGUCGUCCUAUGGGCCCAUGAAGAGCGGCGGCGGCGGCGGCGGAGGCGGCAGCAGCUGGGGCGGUCGUAGUAACAGUGGACCUUACAGAGGCGGUUAUGGCGGUGGGGGUGGUUAUGGAGGCAGUUCCUUUUAAAAAAAAAUUUUUUUUUAAUGCCCGGGAGUGGCUAUAGGGGUAGCUCUUUUCAACAACCCAACUAGGGUCAACUCCUGAGUCCCUUCCCCUUCCACUGCCUUCCCCAUUUUGCCCUUGGGGGAGCCGCUUGUAAGGCUGCUUACCCUUGGGGGUGUUGCCCUGUUUGCCUGCCACCUCUCUUGUCUCUCUCCCUCUGAAGAUGGACUCGGCCCCACAUACACAUUUUUGUGUUACAGUCAUUGAUGGACUCUAUUUUUUUAUUAUUACUUGGACUUUGGUCGUUUUUAUACUAGCAAAACGUCUUGUUUUAAUUUGUGUUUUUUUUGGGGGGAGGGAAUGAACUUGCUGAUUCUGUAGCAAAACCUGGGCGGGGGUUGGGGUGGGGGGUAGUUUACUUUGUUGUAAGGACUUGAUACCUGGCUACAGCGUUUUCUAUGAAAUCUACUUGGAUCCCAUGCCUGAAAUUUGGAAGCAUAUGUACAAAAAUCAUUUUUACGUUUUAUUUUUAAUAAAUCAUUGUGUUUGACCGUACAUGUCUAACAUCUUUUUUCUAGGAUCCAUUCCGUACCGUUUUAAGGGAUAUUAGUUGAAAAAUUUUCGUGUUAAUUCUUAAUUUUUGAUGUGUACUUAGAGAAACUUUUAAAAGGUCCUGUGGUUUUCUUUUCUGUUGCCCUGCUAGUGACGUUGAAUUUUUAUCCCUUUACAGGCAAAACUUUUGAAAUGGUGGAUGUGGCUUUUUAAAAUCUUCAAAGUUUCUGUGCAUCCAUCUCUUGUACUAAGCGAUUUGCUUAUCAUAUGAUUAGUCACUUCUUUCUAUGAGAAUUUACUUCUAAGUAUGUACUGUAUAGUUCUAAAGAAAUAGUUUGUGUUAAGCAUGUAUUUUCAUUCAUAUAAACUGUUUAAAAACUUUCAGAUGGCCUAGUUUCAUCCCUCUUAUUGGUUUGUCUGUAAUGAAUCGUUACAAAUAAGGGUUAUAUUUUAUCCUCAAACUAAAUGCAUUUUUGUAUUUUCAGAGCAGGUUUAAAUGUUUUUUUCCCUAUAGCUGAACUGUCCUCAUGGAAAUCCUUUUCCCAACCUUUGCAGCACCAUCUACUGGCAGAAUGGCAGUAUAUGUGCAAAACAAUUUGUUUAAAACUUGUUUAGGACAAUUUCAUCAGAUUAGAAGGUUUGCCAUCAAAAAUCUGUGCAGACUUUGGUUACACAUUUACUUGUAACUAAGGUGGGCUUUAUAGGAAUAUAAUUAACAGUCCGUAUUACAAUUGCUCUUUCUAUAUGAGAAUUGAAAAUGUAAAUUGCUAUGCAUAGCUUGGGCAAUGGCCCCAAAUUGCUAUGACAACUAAUGAACCAGCUACGUGUACUGGUAUCUUAGGUGCAAGUUGUAAAGCAAAAUAUCUGUGUAUUCUGCUUGGUUAAAUGUAUAGUUGUAGCCCUUUCAUGCAAUAGAUUUCAAGUUGUUUAUAAAAAAACAAAAAUGAUAUAGGAGAAAAUUGACUUCCUGGUUAGAAAUACAGAAUAGCAACGUUUAUGGAUAUCACAAAUAAAGAAUUCAAUUCUUUACAUGA